GAGCUGCGGAGCACGAGGGCAGUCUGACAACUUCAGGCGCUGUCCGUGGUGCUGGAUCGCCGCGCGGCGUCCCCCUCGGUCCGUGAGGGGACCGACGAGCCACGUGAGCGUCAUCUCAUCCACGACCUGUUCAUAUACCUGAGCUCCCGCGGGGAUGAUGGACGUCUCCAGUGUUCAGACCGCACAUUGAACUCGGGACACCAGGAUGAGGGACUUGUGGAUUUAAAAAAAAAAAAAAACCUAAAUGAAGAAUCCGGACUCGACAACAUGUGUGUGAGGACGUCGUUUGUCGCGUACUUUCACUGGUUAUCUGUUUAGUGACCAGCUCGAGUCCGAUUCAUCCGGGAAUUCAUCAACAUCUUAUGAAGAUGAACUGAUGUUUAUUUAGUUGCCCUUCGAGCAGAUCUGCGUUAUAAUCUUAAGAAGAGCAACGACACCCACGGAGACAUGGCUCGCCUGCUUGUUUUGGUCAACUCCGUGGUCCUGUUGCUUUUUGGCAGCGACGUGUUCUUGGUGGCAGCAAACCGGCCACCGGCUCCCGUCAAUGUGUCGGUCAUGCACCUGCGCGCUGACUCGGCAACGGUUUCCUGGGAGGUUCCAGAGGGAGAUAUAAUAAUUGGUUUCUCAAUCUCGCAACAGAGACAGGAAGGACACACGCAGCGAUUCAUCCGUGAAGUCAACACCACCAGCCGCUCUUGUGUCCUUUGGGACCUCGAGGAGGAGACAGACUACAUCAUACAGGUGCAGUCGAUCGGCCUCUAUGGGGAAAGCCAAGCCAGCAAGAAGGUCCAUUUUCGCACCCUCAAGAAGACAGACCUCUUCCCCUCCAACAGCUCCAAUCAAGAUGACCCCACUGUGCAGGGUCUGGACAAGGCCCGUCACCUACAGAUGGGAGAGAUGAUCAUAAUUGUGGUGGUCUUGGUCAUGUGGGCAGCCGUUAUUGCCCUGUUCUGCCGGCAGUAUGACAUCAUCAAGGAUAACGACUCCAGCAACAAUAAGGAGAAGGCUAAGCCGUCGUCAGAAAGGAGCACUCCGGAGCACCACAGUGAAGGGCUGCUGAGGAGCAAGUUUCAUCCUUCCGUGCCGUCUAUCAACAUCAUCGAAGUUUAAGAAGAAGGACGCCACACUCUGUCCUCUCUUCUAUCAUCAAUGCAUUUAACGCCUUUCUCGCUGACGAGGAAGAAAGCUGGAAAGAAUGUGUUUGUUUCUGUGGGUCAUCGUCGGUGAGGCUGUCUUUGCAAAAGACAUACAUGCAUGUACAUAGCAUUUGUAGGAAAACUCUAAAGUGCAGGGUACACACCGAUCCACAUGACCCAACACACACUACAUACCCUAAUACACACACACACACACACACACACACCACAUACCCUAAUAUACACACACACACACACACACACUACAUACCCUAAUAUACACACACACACACACACCACAUACCCUAAUAUACACACACACACACACUACAUACCCUAAUAUACACACACACACACACUACAUACCCUAAUAUACACACACACACACACACACACUACAUACCCUAAUAUACACACACACACACACACUACAUACCCUAAUAUACACACACACACACACACACACUACAUACCCUAACACACACUACACUACAGUGUAGUAGCUAACAGAAACCUAUUCCUGCAGGUUGAUAGUACAUAAACUAAUGUUAACCCAUGGUGCAGUUAACAUGAAAUGUAACGUAACAUCGAUGACUUUCAAAAACACGCAAUCGUCUCUGGGAUGCCGGUCUUCGUGACUUUAAAUUCAAAGUGUAUUUUUUACAUUGGCAUGUGCAAUCAGACACCACGUUCACCUGUUAUAUAGGCAACUCAAGCUCGAAAUAAUCAAAACAUGUUUCUUUUUCCAAAUAGUGUUAAUAUAUUACUUCAUCACGAAUGUCUAUAUUAUAUGACUCCCGUGGGGAGAAAGCAAAUUAAUGUCUUCAUUUGUAAAACCCGCCCCAACGACAUGUUUUAAUGUUUAAUGAUAGUCUUAAAGUGCCAUUUUCUGGAUAACAUUGUAUUUUUUCAUAGUUCAUAAAAUACAAACACGUCUGUACAUUAAACAUUCAUUUAAUAAAGUUGCAUGCAGGUCCUUUGCCUGUAGAAUAGCAAUAGAUGUGCAUUCUAAGUUAGAUGCCAAAAAAUGGAGAAAUAAAACAUGAUUGCAGUGCUGUGAAGAAGCUGUUUAUGUUUUCGUCCAUUCGGCCUGCUUUUAGAACGGGGCAUUGUCUUUUAUCAUCCAGCGUUUAAUAUCACAUCUUGCACAUUCCCUGACAAUUGUAUUUCUGGAAGUGUAAAAUAAACCUUCUGUAGAACUAUACCCAUCAUGAAGUUGCAGCUAAUGUA